AUGGCAGCAACCACAUUGAACCAGGCAUCCAUCAAUCCUCGAUCACUCAAACCUCUCGGAAACUUAGUCCUUUCUCCACAAGAUGCCUACUCAGCUCGUGCGACAAGUCUGGGAAAACUAUCGAUCCUUUCAGAUGAACUGCUUUUACUUAUCUUUUCGGAACUAACGCCGCCAGAUCUACAUCACUGCCAAGCCGUCAGUAGAUAUUUCUUUGCUUGGUGUGCCGGACUAGAUGCUCUUUGGAAACCUGGGUUUAUCUCCAAAAAUCAAGAGCGUCUAUGCGGUUGGAAAGGCAGUUGGAGAUCGACUUAUAUCUUGAAAUUUUUCAAGUCACCCAAGAACCAAGAUGUCGAUCACUCACAUCUUCCGACUGAUUUGAUUCAAACACCAAACGUCUUCUCAGAUGUCUUAUUCCAACCAAUUCUUUGUGUUAGUCAUUCCAUCAAUUCCAUCAUCAGACGCCGGACUGGACCCAGGAAGCCCCAUUCCAAUAUCGACAAAAUUACCAUCGAAGAGCCCAGCACAUUUCAACUUCCCAACAAACCUACAAUCUUGAAGGGGUUAAUUGAGGAAUGGCCAGCAUACAGCCGUUCAUCAAGUCAUUGUUGGACACUCGAAUCAUUAACCAAACGAUACCCAAACCUCGAAUUCAGGGCUGAAUCAACUCUCACUACACUUGCGGAUUAUCGAGAAUACCACGAUAACUGUCUGUUAGAUGAGAGCCCGAUAUACCUAUUCGAUAGUCAAUUCGUCGAGAAAUCAUCGAUCAAAAGGGGCUUGGGUGAAGAUUUCUUUGUGCCUCGAAUCUUUGAGCAAGAUUUGUUUUCUUGUUUGGGGGAUCAAAGACCUGACUACCGUUGGCUUAUUAUUGGACCCGCCCGAUCUGGAUCGACUUGGCAUAUCGACCCUAAUGGAACGUCUGCUUGGAAUGCCGUGAUCACCGGUAGAAAAUAUUGGAUUUGUUUCCCUCCUCAUACCACUCCACCCGGAGUGAUCGUCAACGAAGACGAAAGUGAAGUCGAGAGCCCGUUGUCCAUCCCUGAAUGGUUUCUGAAUUAUUACAACUUUGCGAAAGAAACAUACGGUUGGUUCGCCAAAGAUCCGGAGACGCGCGGUUUGAUGCUCGAAGGUAUUUGCGAGGCCGGCGAAACCUUCUACGUUCCAUCCGGUUGGUGGCAUCUCGUCAUCAACUUGGAACCAUCGAUCGCGGUCACACAAAAUUUUGUCUCAGACAACGAAUUGAACUCAGUACUACAUUUUAUGAAAUAUAAACCGGACCAAUUGUCCGGAUUCAAGUUCAACGUGACAGAGCUCACUGGAGAUAGCGACAGUGAUUGUAACCCAACGCUUUCAGAUAAACCCCGGUCAUCAAUUUUCGAUAAGUUCCUUGCUCAGUUAAUUCAUUCGCAGAAAGUUUCGGAGAAAACUCUCUGUGAGACCUUGGAUUCAGUUGAACAAUUAGAAUAUCAACGAAAUCAAAACCGGUCCAGAAUGAACCUGCACCAUCAAAAUGGUGGGGACGAUAAUCAUCAAGUUCGGAAGCGAAAGAAUCAGCCUGUUUGUCAGCCAGAGUCUUUCACAGAUUCUUCGAUGUGGCAUGAAAUCAAAAAGUCAAAAAAUGCAAUCGGUGUCGACCCAACUAAUCAAUCAGAGCCCGACGCUGACAAUGAUCACAGUCGUUCUCAUGCCCUCGGGAACGACUACGGCAAUCAAAACGUUGAUCCCCAAGGGUUUAAGUUUGGAUUUGAAUUUGAAUAA